AUGUCUCCUUCUGCUGAUACUCCAGAGACCUCCAACUCCGCCGAUUCCACGGUUCUGAGCUUGAGGAAAUCCCUCUGUUCUGAGGACACCCCUCUUCCCAUCCGUUUUCGUGCUCUUUUCUCACUGAAGCACGUUGCGACCACCUCGGAUGAUGAUUCUACAAGGAUCGCGGCCAUUGAAGCCAUUGCUGCCGGAUUCACCUCACCUUCAGCCUUGCUCAAGCAUGAGCUCGCAUACUGUCUAGGCCAGACAGGCAACCCCGCUGCUGUCAAGCCUCUCCGACAGGUUCUGGCUGAUUUGAAGGAGGACCCAAUGUGCCGCCACGAAGCUGCCGAAGCCCUUGGAGCCUUAGGCUGGGCUGACAACCUAGACAUCCUCCGCGAGUACCGAGACCGCAAAGAGGAGGACAUAAGCAUUAUCGAGACAUGCGAGAUCGCUAUCCAGCGCAUCGAGUGGGAGAACUCAGAAGAGCGACGAAAGGAAAAGUUGCGCCCUAGUGAUUUUGCCUCUAUCGAUCCUGCGCCCCCGAUGCCCGAAUCCGAACAGAAGGCCGAAGUCGAGGAGCUUGGCCAUAAGCUCAUGGAUACAAAUCUGCCUCUAUUCCUCCGUUACCGCGCCAUGUUUGCUCUCCGAGAUCUGGCAUCACCUCCCGACCUGCCCACUGCUGUCCCCGCUGUUCUCGCUCUUGCUAAAGGAUUGUCCGACUCCUCCGCACUCUUCCGACACGAGAUCGCCUUUGUAUUUGGCCAGCUUUCACACCCCGCUUCUAUCCCAGCCCUGACUGAGGCGUUGAGUGACGUCAACGAGGCUAGCAUGGUUCGACAUGAAGCAGCCGAGGCACUUGGAAGUCUGGGCGAGGAGGAAGGUGUCGAGGCUACCCUAAGAAAGUUCCUUCAUGACAAGGAAAAGGUUGUUCGAGAGAGUUGCAUUGUUGCGCUGGAUAUCGCUGAGUAUGAGAAGGGUGGAGAGGCUGAGUAUGCUUUGAUCCCCGAGACUGCAGGAGUUUCUGUAUGA